AUGCCGGGCAUCAGCUUCCACGACAGCUGGGAAAUGGACAUGGAGAACCUGGACUACUACCAGGAUGAUUUCUAUGACGACCACAACCCCGAUGAGGAUUUCUUCCAGUCCAUGGCGCCCAGCGAGGACAUAUGGAAGAAAUUUGAGCUGGUGCCGACCCCGCCCGUGUCCCCCGUGCGGGCGCCGGAGGGGUCGGGCAGGUCAGUGUGUCCGAGUCUCGGGGACAAGCUGGAGUGGGUGUCCCAGUUCCUGGGGCAGGAGGACCAGCAGCAGCAGGACCUGCCUUGCAAAGUGGGCCCGGCCAGCGACUCGGCGGGGAACCUGAGCUCCAUCAUCAUCCAGGACUGCAUGUGGAGCUGCUUCUCUGCCGGCCAGCAGCUGGAGAGACUGGUGGGGGAGCGCCGCCUCUCCUGCCCCGUCAGGCUUGGACCCGCCGGGUUGUCCCCGGGUAGGACGCAGGGUGUCCCCGCCCACCCCCCGGCUGCUCUCGGCGGCGGGGCGGCAGAUUGUGUGGACCCGGCCGCCGUGCUCGCCUUCCCACACGUCAGCUGCAAGAAGCAAGUGUCCUCCGGCUCCGAGUCUCACAGCGACUCCUCAGAUGACGAGGAUGACCAAGACGAGGAUGAAGAGGAGAUCGACGUGGUGACGCUGGAGCACAAGCAGACACAGCACAAAGUCGUCAACGCCCGCCAACCGGUGACCAUCACGGUGAGAGCGGACCCCCUGGACCCCGGCAUGAAGCAUUUCCACAUCUCCAUCCAUCAACAGCAGCACAACUACGCCGCCCCCUCCCCCGACACCCUCCCGCCGUCCGUGGAGCCGCCCCACAAAAGGGUCCGCCGGGAGGCCUUCAGCCCCGCGCUCCACCAUCAGGGCCACAGCUGCAACCUGCCUGGGCUCGGCCACGCCCCCUCCCGUUUGGACAGCGGGCGGUCUUACGCGACAGAAGCGCCCGCCCUCAACGCCGCCUCUCCUGCCUCCCCCGCCUCGCCGUCCUCGCCCCACCUGUCCAGCGCUCAGUCGUCCGACUGCGAGGACACGGACCGACGCAAGGCACACAACUUCCUGGAGCGCAAGCGACGCAACGACCUGCGCUUGCGCUUCCUGUCGCUGCGGGACCAGAUUCCUGGCUUGGCGGGCUGCCCCAAGACGCCUAAGGUGGCCAUCUUGACGCGGGCCACUGAGUACCUGCAGCAGCUGCAUGCCGGCGAGAGGCAGAAGAGCCAGGAGAGGAAGCAGCUGAAGGCCAAGCAGGCGCGGCUGCUGCAGAAGCUGGCACAGCUCAGACGCUUCUGACCUGAAGGAAGGAGCCUAUUGGAUCACCUGGACUGAAGGAAGGACCCUAUUGGAUCACCUGGACUGAAGGAAGGACCCUAUUGGAUCCCCUGGACUGAAGGAAGGAGCCUAUUGGAUCACCUGGACUGAAGGAAGGACCCUAUUGGAUCCCCUGGACUGAAGGAAGGACCCUAUUGGAUCCCCUGGACUGAAGGAAGGACCCUAUUGGUUCACCUGGACUGAAAGAAGGACCCUAUUGGAUGACCUGGACUGAAGGAAGGACUUUAUUGGAUCACCUGGACUGAAGGAAGGACCCUAUUGGAUCACCUGGACUGAAGGAAGGACCCUAUUGGAUCCCCUGGACUGAAGGAAGGACCCUAUUGGAUCACCUGGACUGAAGGAAGGACCCUAUUGGAUCCCCUGGACUGAAGGAAGGACCCUAUUGGAUCCCCUGGACUGAAGGAAGGACCCUAUUGGUUCACCUGGACUGAAAGAAGGACCCUAUUGGAUGACCUGGACUGAAGGAAGGACUUUAUUGGAUCACCUGGACUGAAGGAAGGACCCUAUUGGAUCACCUGGACUGAAGGAAGGACCCUAUUGGAUCACCUGGACUGAAGGAAGGACCCUAUUGGUUCACCUGGACUGAAGGAAGGACCCUAUUGGCUCACCUGGACUGAAGGAAGGACCCUAUUGGAUCACCUGGACUGAACGAAGGACCCUAUUGGUUCACCUGGACUGAAGGAAGGAGCCUAUUGGAUCACCUGGACUGAAGGAAGGACCCUAUUGGAUCACCUGGACUGAAGGAAGGACCCUAUUGGAUCACCUGGACUGAAGGAAGGACCCUAAUGGAUCACCUGGACUGAAGGAAGGACCCUAUUGGUUCACCUGGACUGAAGGAAGGACCCUAUUAGAUCACCUGGACUGAAGGAAGGAGCCUAUUUGAUUACCUGGACUGAAGCAAGGAGCCUAUUUGAUCACCUGGACUGAAGCAAGGAGCCUAUUGGAUCACCUGGACUGAAGGAAGGACUGCAUUGAUCACCUGGACUGUUUUUUUGCGGUUUGCACAUUCUUGGCUUGUGAGUGAGGCCGUCUGCACAGCAAGCUUUGGACACGUGUCCCUUGGUCCUCAAUAGAAGUUUAGUCCACAUGAAAAGUUGCUGAUCCAGCGUUGCAUGCUGGGACUCGAUAUGAUGUCUGUUCUUGUCAGACGGAAAGAGUCAACUUUAUAUUUUGUGCCAUUUUCGCAAAUCCUUUGCUGCUCGGUUGAAGUGCGACUUUUUGUAUUAGUUCUAUUGCAGAAGCCGUCUGAAUGGUAGCAAGACCAUGUGAACUUCUGGUCUGGUACUCUUUGUUUCCCCCCCAAACUGGAAUGAUUGUACCAUGGAGAUGUUGAAUGUGGGCUUCAGUAUAUGAAAGUGGAAUGGUUGUGCCAUUGAAAGCAGCCACACGUUGACUGUGGGCUUCAGUAUAUCAAAUUGGAAUGGUUGUGCCAUGGAGAGCAGCCACAAUUCGAAUGUGGGCUUCAGUAUAUCAAAGUGGAAUGGUUGUGCUGGGGAGAAGUUGAAUGUGGGCUUCAGUAUAUCGAAGUGGAAUGGUUGUGCCAUGGAAAGCAGCCACAAGUUGAAUGUGGGCUUCAGUAUAUCAAAGUGGAAUGGUUGUGCUGGGGAGAAGUUGAAUGUGGGCUUGAGUAUAUCAAAGUGGAAUGGUUGUGCUGGGGAGAAGUUGAAUGUGGGCUUCAGUAUAUCAAAGUGGAAUGGUUGUGCUGGGGAGAAGUUGAAUGUGGGCUUCAGUAUAUCAAAGUGGAAUGGUUGUGCCAUGGAAAGCAGCCACAAGUUGAAUGUGGGCUUCAGUAUAUCAAAGUGGAAUGGUUGUGCUGGGGAGAAGUUGAAUGUGGGCUUGAGUAUAUCAAAGUGGAAUGGUUGUGCUGGGGAGAAGUUGAAUGUGGGCUUCAGUAUAUCAAAGUGGAAUGGUUGUGCUGGGGAGAUGUUGAAUGUGGGCUUCAGUAUAUCAAAGUAGAAUGGUUGUGCUGGGGAGAAGUUGAAUGUGGGCUUGAGUAUAUCAAAGUGGAAUGGUUGUGCUGGGGAGAAGUUGAAUGUGGGCUUGAGUAUAUCAAAGUGGAAUGGUUGUGCUGGGGAGAAGUUGAAUGUGGGCUUCAGUAUAUCAAAGUGGAAUGGUUGUGCUGGGGAGAAGUUGAAUGUGGGCUUCAGUAUAUCAAAGUGGAACGGUUGUGCCAUGGAGAGCAGCCACAAGUUGAAUGUGGGCUUCAGUAUAUCAAGCUAGAGAAUGGCUGCCAUGGCAAGUGUUUGAAGAGAAUAUUAUAUUUCUAAAAGUGCACAUAGUUCCUGUCUGUACAGUUCCUUCCCAAACAAAACCAGACUUGUUUUUCUUCUUCAGCCUUGCGUCUUAAAGCUUGCUGGGUUUUCCAGAGAUACUCAUAAAGCUUCUAUUUUUGUUCAUAAAAGACUGCGUGAAUAUUGACAAGGUGGGGACACUUUGGCUCCCAUUUUUCAGCGAUGCCUCCUUGUUUGUCUUUUCUUUGUACUGUUUUUUUUUUGUGACAGUCACUUGACCAAAGUUUGAUACUCUACUUUCCUAGCGAGCUUAGCUGUGUUGUGUUCAAGCGGCUGGUAGUUGUGUGCUGAGGAUGGAUGUUGUUGUUGUUUAUGCCAGCUUGGUGCUCCAUGUAGUCCACAAGCCAUAAAACAAACACUCACUUUUCUACUGCAAACCAUUGCAAAUAGUUGCCAGCUGCACUCAGGAAUAUAUAUAUAUAUAUAUUUUUUUUCUGAGCUUGUAAGAAGCUCAGGAGCCUCCUGGUGAGCCGGGAGAUCAGACCAGAGUCUUGAUGAUCAAUCUUCUUACUUGACCACAUCCCUGCUCAUGACUUCAGCACAAACCACCAGUUGCCCUCAUUUUCAUUCCUCAGAAUCCUUUCAUUUGUGUCGGUUGCCAGAUGUAGACUUUGCAUACACCUUUGCACUACUUCUCCGCUGAUUGUUUGGAGCCUCGCAUCAGCAUUUUGCUUUUUCUGUACCUCAUAAGCCUAUUGUGGAUGAAGACUCAGAAUAAACGGACAUUUUUUGACAUCA